AUGGAAGAACAUAAUGAGGACGGUUCACUGAGUAGUUCAAUAGGGAUUUCAGGUGAAGGGUCUCACGUUGGUUUACCUAGCCAAGUUUUAUUUAUGGAUUCUCAGGAAUUAGCAAAUAGGGCUAAUAAUUCAAAUGUCCCACCAUCUGCUUAUUACCAAGUGGCAACACCUAAAUCACCUCAUGAAUUAACGUUAGAUGGUGAUAUUAGUAGAGAAGAUAACCCUGAUUUAAGGCAUCAUUCUGGGGAUAGUGAAGAAACGGAAAGGUUUAAGUAUGAAACCGCUAAGAAGGAAAUUAUGGAAAAAUUAUAUUUACAUACUUUGGUUAAUCAUAAAGAAGUUCAACAAGUGCAGAAUGCCAUUCAACGUGUGGAUGCCCAGAUUACUCUUUUGAAAACAUUAAAUGAGGAUAAGAAAUUAACUGAAAAAGUUGAAGAACAUCAUGAGAAACAAAAUGAAAUUAAGAAAAGAGAAUUAGAAAGCGCCAGAAGCACAUCGUCAGGAUAUUAUGGCGAUGGCUCUUCUACCUCAUAUCUAUCAGGAAAUACAAAUAUGUUGCCAGGGUCCAUGGGGAGUGGUGCCGGUCAAUAUUAUUAUCAAACAAGAAGUAAAAGUCAUGGAAAUAUUAAUGAAGUACCAAAUUUAAGACCAGCGAAUUCAACUAUAAUAGAUAUGAGGAUGAGUGGAUCAAAAUCAAUACCACAAAACUAUAAUAACAAGAACUAUGGUGAUGUUUCUCAAAAAGGUUUCGAUCCAAACCUUCGACAGAGAUCAAAUCUUCAUAGUCAUCACAGAAGAAAUUAUAGCAGCACUUGCUUUUCUAGUAAUAGCGGUGUUGUAGCAAAGACAGAAGAUAAUUUACCAAUAUUUAGAAGGUACGAUGGUAUAUUGAUUAUAAUAUCCUGCUCAAAUUGUAAUAGAGAAGGCUUCACAUCUGCACAGGGGAUAGUAAACCAUUCACGACUAAAGCAUAACACUACUUACCAAAGUCAACUGUUAGCGCUUUUGAAAAAUCAAAAAAUUCUGAGCGAUGACAAGCAAGACCCUGAAGUUCUACAGAAAUUCAAAGAGCUAUCACUAGAUCCAAAUAUAGAAUAUUUACCUACCGAUAUUGCCAUACCAAAUUUCGAUAAGAAGGAAGGAAAGAACCCUUCUAUUUCUUCAAAACUAUCAAGCAGAAAGGAAGAAAGAUCCACUAAACAUUUAGAAAAGUACUAUAACAAUAAGGACGAUUUUGAUGAAUUGGUAUAUAUGGUAAAGGAUGCAUCGAAAGAUUUAGAAGUAGUACUGAAUCAAUCAGAGUCGGAGUCAGAAUCUACAAAUGAACAAGAAAAUGUCAGUGAGCUUGACAGCAUAGUUAAUGAUGAAAAAGAUGAUUCAUCUCCUCUAUACACACCAUCAGCAAGUAGUGUAUCUGGAGCAUCUUCACCAUCUGAGUCUGCUGUUGAAAACGGUGAUACAAGAGAAUCGGCUGAAAACUCAGCUCGAUCAACUCCUUCCCCAACAACUACUACCAGCACAAACAGCACCACUGCACCAACCACCACAACAGCUGCAACUGUAGAGACUAGAAGAAACUUAAGAAAACGUAGCAAUACGCAAAUGGAUAAUGAUACAAAUAAUGACAUAAAAGGAAGACUACGUCCAGCAGAAAAGAAAGCUAGACCAGAUGCAUUAGCGUUUGCAGAAAUACCAGAGCAUGAAAAGAGGUCAUCUCAUUAUAAUUUAAGGGCAAAAUCAAAAUUAAGGCAUAACCAUUAUGACAUCUAUCACUGA